AUGAAGUGACUUCAAUCUGCUGGUGUUGGCUCUGUACGUAAGCAGGCUGAACCACUUUGCCUUGAAGAAGAAGAGUUGCUGUGGGAGAAAAAUCUUAAGAGACCACAGCCGGACGCUCUUUUGAACACAAUGGUGUUCAUGAAUGGACUCUAUUUUGCAUUGCGCAGUGGAGGUGAGCACAGACAACUUCGCCAUAAUCCUUGCCAGAUUGAACUUUGUGACCUUGAAAUGAACGACAUAUUGAAGAAUCGUCCCGGAGGAUUGAAAGGACGCAAGUUCAAGCCCAAAGUAGUGGUUCACUAUUUAAAUCCCGAAAAUCCUCAGAGAUGCUUUGUUGAGCUGUUUAAGAUUAGCUUGUGUCCUCAUAAUCGCCCGAGCAAUGCGUUCUACCUCGAGCUCUCUCCUCUGACAAAACCUAAACAAGAUUUUUGGUUUUCCCGAGCACCUUUGGGACAUAAUACCUUCAGUUGAAGAACAUAGUGUAGAACAUGUGUAAAAAAGCAGGAAUACAAGGAUUCAAAACAAACCAUUCGCUCUGAGCCACAACUGCAGCCAAGUUGUACUCAAGUGGUGUUGAUGAACAACUCGUAAUGGAGUGCACAGGCCAUCGCAGUAUCGAAGAGAUCAGAAGCUACAAGCGAACCUCCUUAGAGCAGCAAGAAAACAUUUCAUACAUCCUACACGGUAAAAAGCCUCGUAUGGACAUUGUGCCUGUAGCCAGAAGCCAAUUCACUGAGUCUUAUCUGCCAUCUCUGCCUCCUCCAAUGGCCGCCACCACAUUUCCUUGCUCACAAGUGUCGACAAACAACAUCAGCGCACCUCGCACCUCAUUCUCAAGUGAUGAUCAUGCAGGAGUACUCUACAUAAGUUCAUGCUCAAACAUAAAGAAAAUUGAUUCUGCCAGGAUCUGGGGUUCAAAAUGGAUCCUCUUACACUUGGUAUUGAGCGCGCAUGCGCAUUACAUCCUGCGUGGAAUAAGGGGUGUGUCUGCAAGUUCACUAAUACCUACUAAAAAUAAUACCUACUAAAAAUAAUAGCUUCUUUAGCAGCUCUUUUUGACUCU